ACUCAUUACCUUAAACAAUAGAUAAAAUCAAAAACCCAAACAGAACCUCACCUCUGCUGCCGCCCCGUGUGGGAGUGAAGAAAGAGUGAGCCAAAAGUGAAUGCAGUCCUUAUAUAACGUGUGACAGGUGAGUGCAAUUAAGGACAAGCACCACACCCAAUCAAAGGUGAGAGAACUAAACAAGGUGCAUCUGGUGAAGUGAGUGGGUGUGCUGGGAUGUGCUAAAAGGUGGGUCUUUACAACAGUAGCUCUUGUUAAUAGUUUGCACAAACAAACUAUGAAAAUGUUUUCUGAUGGAGGAUAUUCCAUAUAUCCGUUAUCUGACGAAUACCAGACUUGAGAUAUCACUGUCUGCUGUAUAACACACAACUCAAGACUCAUACAUACAAAGCAUGCAGUGUGGAAGGGAGCUGACAGAUUGGUGCUACUAUUCCCAACUUCAAUGGAACCACACCUGCACAGCUCCAGUGUUAUGGGGGCUGGUUUCACAAACCUGCAAUGGCAGAUCUCAGUCUCCAGUUAAUAUUGUCACAAGUAAAGUGCUACCAGAUGAACGCCUGACUCCUUUUCACUUCACCGGUUAUAAAGAGACUUUUUAUGGGAGCCUCAUAAACACUGGCCACAGUGUUCAGCUAAAUUUGCCUUCCAGUAUACAAAUCAAAGGAGGAAAUCUGGAUGAUGAAUACAAGGCAAUUCAGUUUCACCUGCACUGGGGCAAAGAUGGAGGACGUGGUUCUGAGCACACAAUUGAUGGAGAAAAGUUUCCAAUGGAGAUGCAUAUCGUCCAUAUAAAAGAAGGGUAUGACUCGUUAGCUGAGGCUUCAAAAGACAGUACGGGUGUGGCUGUUUUGGGAUUUUUCUUUCAGGAGUCUGAGUCUGCAAAUGAGAAGUAUGAUCAUCUUAUCAGUGCACUGAAAUACAUAUCUCAACCUAAAACGAAUGUGACGCUGCUGGGUGUCUCCCUGGACAUGUUCAUUCCUUCUGAAAUUAACAGGACCAAGUACUUUCGCUACAACGGCUCCCUCACCACACCUGACUGUGCUGAAGCUGUGGUCUGGACCCUGUUUGAAAGCACUAUUCCUCUCAGCAGGAAUCAGCUCGCUGCUUUCAACCAACUUCGGUUUUAUGAUGGACAGAAAAUGGUCAACAACUACAGACCGGUUCAGCCUUUGAAUGGAAGACAGGUGUAUUACUCCAGUGGCCAACUUGCUUUGGUUAGCUCUGUGUAAUUCACCAAUUCAGUGCUGCUAUCUAGUGCAAGCUUUGUUUAAUUUAAUCAAAUUUUAUGCACAAAUACACUUGUUUGUUACAUCUGCUGAUUUUCAAAUACAAGAAGGAAAAAAUAGGAAAAAAUAAUGUAGUGUAUAUUUAAAAGUAAAGGGUGUAAAUUCACUGGAUGCUUCAAAACAACAUGUAUCAAACACGACAUGCAUAUCUGAAUGAUAUGUAAGAUUUUAUAUACGACAAAAUAUGUUAUUGACAAAUAAGUAAAUGAGUUACUUUUGGUAGUAAAUGUUUCACAUUGAUGAUCUCAUUACAAUUUACACACAUUUUUGGGGGGACAUAGACUAAAUGUUUAAGGAUAGUUAGUUGCUUUCUUUGCACUGAAUGGGACAACAUAUGACUUCAUUGUGCUUUCAGAAGAAUAGCAAUAAAGAAUUCUGAUUCUGAUUCACAUAUAUUCACUUGUACUGAUAUAAUAUUUCUGGUAAAUAUCAUGAUGCAUUCUAUUACAUGCUAUCCUACUGUUCUGGAAACAUCUAAACUCUGACUUAAAAGUGUCACAUUUAUUUAAAAUACAGACGUGUUAACACUAUAAUGUAUACUAUUAAGGUAUGUUUUACCUAUCAGUUCUUUG